AUGCUUUCACUAGAGAAGAAGCUAAGUAAACUCUUUGUCAGUGUGUGUGCUGUGUCAAGUGUGUGUGGUAAGUGUGCGUGCUUCGACCAUGCUGUCCUUUCGUUUGCGGGGCUCUUAUACUUCUUCUUCUACUUCUACGUCUACUUCUACAUCUACAUCUAUAUCUACGUCUGCGUCUAUGUCUACGUCUAUAUCUACUUUUACUUUUACUCAUACUUAUACUUCUUCUUCGUCUACUUCUACUUCUACUUCUUCCAUUAUUUCUACAACAUCUACUCCCACACCAACUUCUACUCCUGCGCCAACUUCUACUCCUGCGCCAACUUCUACUCCUGCGCCAACUUCUACUCCUGCGCCAACUUCGACACGAAUAGCAUCAUCGAGACCAACGGCAAAUUCUACAUUUCCGCUCUGAGGCAUCUCUCUUUGAGACCUCUACUGUUGGACGGUCACUCAGUGCUAAAACGACGAGGAGAGCCUCACCUUCCUCCAAUACGUUCAAAGAACAAUCUUCUCGCGGUGAAUGGCCAGUGA